CCUUUUCAAAGGCUGCGACAAACUCCCAUUGGCAGCAAUCGAUUUCUCAUCGUCGACUUUGGUUGGUAGUGGGUUGAAACUCCGUACGGUUAAGGUGUAUGUCUGUGUGACGAUGUUCCCAGUUUAAUAUCGUCUUCAGUUUCUCGGUAUAACCAAUUUGGUGGGGCUGCUGUGGUGUGUGCAGUAAAAGGCAGCCAUGGGGUCGUUAUUUCGGAGUGAAGAGAUGGCCUUAUGCCAGCUCUUCCUCCAGAGUGAAUCUGCAUACACGUGUGUGUCAGAGCUUGGCGAGCUUGGGUUGGUGCAGUUCAGAGAUUUAAAUCCUGACGUAAAUGCAUUUCAACGCAAGUUUGUUAACGAAGUACGAAGGUGUGAUGAGAUGGAGCGGAAGCUACGUUAUCUUGAGCGUGAGAUCCGGAAGGAUGGAAUUCCGGUGCUCGAUACAGGUGAAAAUCCUGAGGCACCAAUGCCAAGGGAAAUGAUUGAUCUAGAGGCAACUUUUGAGAAACUUGAAAAUGAACUUAAAGAAGUAAAUAGCAAUGCUGAGGCCCUCAAACGAAAUUAUCUUGAGUUAACAGAACUAAAACAUAUCUUAAAGAAAACUCAAGCUUUCUUUGAUGAGGCCAUGUAUCCCCCAAACCUUCCUUACGACCAAGAUGUCUAUUUUGACGAUGAUGAGCGAGUAAACCUCCUGACCGACCCAGCGCUUCACAACCUCAAACACAUUGGAUUUGUUGCUGGUGUCAUUUUGCGAGAAAGAAUCCCAGCUUUUGAGCGGAUGCUGUGGAGGGCUUGUAGAGGAAAUGUGUUUUUGCGUCAAGCCAUAAUAGAAGAUCCGCUUGAAGAUCCAGUAACGGGUGAGCAAGUAUACAAGUCUGUGUUCAUCAUCUUUUUCCAAGGAGAUCAAUUAAAGAUGCGUGUUAAAAAGAUCUGUGAAGGAUUUCGUGCUACCAUGUACCCUUGCCCUGAGGCUCCUGCUGAUAGACGAGAAAUGGCAAUGGGUGUGAAAACACGCUUGGAUGAUCUAAACACUGUUUUGAGCCAAACCCAAGAUCACCGUCAUCGGGUAUUAGUGUCGGCAGCUCGUAACAUUCGUGCCUGGAUGAUGAAAGUAUGGAAAAUAAAAAGCAUUUAUUAUACAUUGAAUAUGUUUAACCUGGAUGUUAUCCAAAAUGGAUUGAUUGCUGAGUGCUGGAUCCCUGUUGUAAAUCUUGAGGAUGUUCAGCUGGCUCUGCGUCGUGGCACUGAGAAAAGUGGAAGUUUGCCAGCAAUUUUGAACCGACUGAACACUAUAGAGGCGCCACCUACAUUUCAUCGCACAAACAAGUUUACCAAAGCUUUUCAAGCUCUAAUUGAUUCAUAUGGUGUUGCUACUUACCGUGAGAUUAAUCCAGCUCCUUAUACUAUUAUUACUUUCCCGUUUUUGUUUGCCAUUAUGUUCGGAGACUUUGGACAUGGCAUGAUCAUGGCCCUCUUUGGUGCAUGGAUGGUUUGGCGAGAGAAACCAUUAUCUGCUAAGAAGACUGAUAAUGAGAUUUGGAAUAUUUUCUUCGGUGGGCGUUAUAUAAUUCUCUUGAUGGGGGCUUUCUCCAUGUAUACUGGCUUGGUUUAUAAUGAUGUAUUUUCCAAAGCACUCAACAUCUUUGGCUCCUCAUGGCAUGGAAGAUAUAAUGAGUCUACACUGAAAACUAACAAAGAGCUCACCUUAGAUCCAGGCGAUCCUGAAAUGUAUGAUCAAUAUCCAUACCCAUUUGGGUUGGAUCCAAUGUGGCAGAUUUCAACCAACAAGAUUAAUUACUACAAUUCAUACAAAAUGAAGAUCUCCAUCAUUUUUGGCAUUAUCCACAUGAUGUUUGGUGUCAUUCUUAGUGUUUCAAAUUACAAGUUUUUCAACAAACAUGUUAGCAUAUACUGUGAAUUCAUACCCCAGGUGAUAUUCCUAUGCUCUCUCUUUGGAUAUCUGGUCCUUCUGGUGUUUCAUAAGUGGGUGUGGUAUGGUGCAAAUGGUACGAUUGAUGUUUCCCCCAGCUGUGCACCAUCUAUACUUAUAACAUUUAUCAAUAUGGUGCUGAUGAAGGGAUAUGAGACUCAAGCGGAAGGUGACCCAUGUUCCCCCUACAUGUAUGGAGGGCAGUUUGGAUUCCAGCGAUUCUUGGUUGUCAUUGCUGUCAUUUGUGUGCCCUGGAUGCUCUGUGCAAAACCAUAUCUCUUUUAUCGUAACAACAAACGCAAACAGUUGGUAAUGCAAGCUAAUGGUGGAGAAGGUGUCAUUGAAGAAGGUGGUGAAGUGGCUGCUGCUGCACCUGGACCACCAGAAGAGCACGACAUGAGUGAAAUGAUGAUUCACCAGGGAAUACAUACCAUUGAAUAUGUACUUGGAUCUGUAUCACAUACUGCAUCGUAUCUUCGGUUAUGGGCCCUGUCCUUGGCCCAUGCUCAGCUAAGUGAGGUGUUAUGGUCAAUGGUAUUAAGCAUUGGUUUAAAAUCUGGUGGUGAGGGUGGAGGAGGAGGAAUUGUCAUGUACUUCAUCUUUGCUGCUUGGGCAUCUCUGACACUGGCUAUCCUUGUACUUAUGGAGGGUCUGUCGGCUUUCCUUCACACACUUCGACUUCACUGGGUAGAGUUCCAGAGUAAAUUCUAUGGUGGGACUGGUUAUCCAUUUGUUCCAUUUGCCUUUGAAACCAUCCUGGACCAAGCUGAGAAUGCUAUUGUGGAGGCAUAAGUAAUGAAAAAUGGAAGAGUAGCUCUCAAUCGGUAACCGAUUCAUGAAACUUAAAACACUACUGCUUUUUAAAAUCAGUGGAAAUUAAGCGAAAGGGUUUUUUUUUUUUAUUUAGUCUUAUGUAAACUAACCAAGUUUUAUGUUCCUAGUAAUGUAUGACCUAGUCUGUAUGCAGAGAAUGCACAAGAAAACUUAAAAAAUUAUACAUACCAAACUUCAACCAACAAUAAAUGCCAAGGUUGGGAAUAUAUCAAUAUAGGAAAUUUGAUUACUCUUUAUCAUUACCAGUGUAUUCAGUAAUAAAGAUUUUUAAAGCAUUGGAAGUUAUUAGCUAAAAUUAGAUGGAAUUUUUUCAGCCAGGUCAAGAGGUCUGGUUAGUCUACUUACUAAUAAUAAUAAUACUGUAUUUUAUCCCCACUCUGUAUUCAUGUGUCAUAGCUUUGCUUUAGUAGAUAACAAAUGCCAAGAAGUAUCAAAGUAUUUAUUUUAGCAAGAGGUAGGAGAAAAAUUCCAAAACAUGUUCUCCCAAAGUUUUUUAUUGCUGAAAGAUCAAGUUUUUAGUAGCGUAAUGCUGUGUGUUUUAGCAAUGUGUAUGUGAUUGGUGAUGAAGUUUUACUGGGUGGUGAUAUAUCGGUCUCACAAGCCUCCAUGCAAUAAAAAUUUAGGUGGAAUUAGUAUUGAAUUUAUAUGAAUUUUGCUUAUUCAAAAACUAAAUACUAUCAGCAAAAGUAUAUUCCGCAGUGAUGAAGGUAUAUUAUGUAUGCAUGUAUAUAAAUAUUUGUGUAUGUAUACUAAUUAUCAUCAAAUUUGUUGGUCAAUUUGCCUCCCCUUUUGACUUCGGAACUGGCAUUUAGCCAAGAGCCUUUUGCAUGUAUGGCCAACAUCUGUUAACAUAACAGUGCUGGAAAAUAUUAAAUGAUUGUUUGUUAUAUAUACUAAAUAGUAAUUGUCUUUCUACAGACCUGAACUAUGCCAGUCAAACUAAUACAGAGGUGUUAUUCCAAGGAAAGGCAUUUCGAGUAUGUAUAGGAAAAAGAAAGCAAAAAUAUGAAUAAACAACAAAAUACUUAAAGGAUUGCUGAAUGUGCAAGAAGCUUCUGAAUUGCUUAAGAGUAAUGAGUUUUCUAGUUAAACUACAGAAUAAAAAUGAUUAAAAUUGAGUAAAGCAAUGCUGGCCCCCAUGAGAGGAGCAUCAGCAAAUAGGGUGAGGUAAUUAAUGUAAGACCUGCUGGAAAAUUAGAAAUUUCCAGAAUAGUAGUAGAUUAGUAAAACAGCUCCUCUUAACAAAGGAGAGAGAAGAUGAUUUAAUAGUAGGCUAAUGUCUUAGGUCUAUUAUAUUGGUUAGGGAAGGUUUGCAUUCACUACUCUAAGAUCUCAAUGCAGCUUUGCCCAAAGGAUACUGCCUUGUCAGGAGGGCAGCACUGCUAAGCUAUUCAUCGCCUCAGAUGAGCAACUACUUUUCUUUGUAAGUAAUGUUUAAAAGAUUGGGUAGAAAAUCAAGUAAAGACCGGGGUAGGCCAUUUGAAGAUCCAUUGUGGCAUUAAGUCAAGACUGAACCACAGGGAUAACAUGAAUAUGCUUUUCCUAGGCUAAAGGACAAGAUGUACCAUGUCAUAUUAUUGUCUCAGUUCUUGGCACACUUUUAUAGCGUUCUAGUAGUGGGUUAAAUUGUUAAAUAUAUAAGCAUGCGAGAUUUUGGUAUGGAAUGACAUCAUGCAAAAUGCUUCGCCAAAGGUUCUGAUGUCGUCCAUAGAAAAAAAACUUUAAAACAAAAUUAACCACAUUUUGACCUAGGAUAGCAUUGGGAUGACAUCAGGUUUUGAGGAUUGGUUCAACUCUCAUAGUUUAUAAUUGUAUUAUAAAUCUUUGUUUUUAAGUAUAUAUUUUUGAAGAGGAUUGUUUCUGGCUAACUUCAGUACAUCAUUGUAACUUUAUAAUUUUUGUUUUACAAUUUCAAAGACAUCAAAUUAGUAAAAAUAAAAUUAUUUGGUUUCAGAAUUUCUUAAUAACAGCAUUUUGUCAUGUAAGAUGUUAGCCAGUAUUGACUGUGUAUCUCCUACAGUUGUGUUCAGGUACUUUAUCAAUUACUUCUGUUUCAGAAGAUGUUUAGCAUUGUUUUAACUUUUUAUUUGUGCUGAACUUCAGCAAAAAACUCAAAUUAGUCUUUUAUUGUUUUAAUUCCAAGUUAUUUAAGAAAAGAAGUUGAAUAGUUAGUCAAGUUAUAUUUACUGACUGUUGAAUCUCAUUCUGUAUGAAUUAAUUUUUCAGGCAAUACAAAUGAACUACAUUAUAAGUGAUCAUAAUUAAGGAUGAAGCAUCAAAUUUUUUAAUUAACUCUACUUUCAUUCAAUUAGUGUAGGUUCAAUAUUUCUAUUCAGUAACUGUUAUCUUUCGAGUGAGUGUCAAGCUGUAUAGUAUACUGUAAUUGCUUUUAAUUUUAUUUUAUUGGCUGUUAAAAAUUGACUUUAUUUGCCACUUUAAAAUAAAUUAUUUAGAAAA